AUGCCAGCCUUGGAUGACAUUUUAGAGCAGGUCGGAGAAUUCGACUUCUUUCAGAAGAAAGUCCUCUUUGUCUUAUGCUUGCUUUCUGCUACUUUUGCUCCCAUUUAUGUGGGGAUUUUUUUCCUGGGAUUCACCCCUGAGCAUCGCUGCUUCAGCCCCGGGGCGGCUGAGCUGAGCCAGCGGUGUGGCUGGAGCCUGGAGGAGCAGCUGAAUCACACGGUUCCCGAGUGGGAUGGCCACGGGGCCAGCUUUGACAGCCGCUGCAGGAGGUACGAGGUGGACUGGAACGCAACAGGCAUCAGCUGCACUGACCCCCUCGGCAGCCUGGUGGGCAGUGGGAGCACCGUCCCCCUCGGUCCCUGCCGGGAUGGCUGGGUCUACAACUCCCCGGGGAGCUCUCUCGUCACCGAGUUUAAUCUGGUGUGCGAGGACUCCUGGAAGCUGGACCUCUUCCAGUCGUGUGUGAAUGCUGGGUUUUUUAUUGGCUCCAUGAGCAUUGGCUACAUAGCAGACAGGUUUGGGCGCAAACUCUGCCUUCUGGUCACAGUCCUCAUCAACGCGGUUUCAGGGGUUCUGAUGGCCUUUGCACCAAGCUACACCUGGACAGUGACGUUCCGCCUGAUCCAGGGACUGGUCAGCAAGGGAGGCUGGCUCACAGGCUACGUCCUCAUUGCAGAAUUUGUUGGUUCAGACUACCGGAGGGCAGCAGGCAUCAUUUACCAGCUUGCCUUCACCCUGGGACUCCUCAUCCUCACCGCCCUGGCUUAUGCACUUCCACACUGGAGGUGGCUCCAGCUUGCGGUCACACUGCCCAGUUUCUUUCUCCUGCUCUACUAUUGGUGUCUGCCUGAGUCUCCCAGGUGGCUCAUAGCUCAAAAGCAGAAUGAUGAAGCUAUGGAAGUUAUUAAGCGCAUCGCCAAGGGAAACAGGAAGAAGCCAUCUCUUUCUUUCCAGAAUCUCAGCUCCGAAGAGGAAGACGGAGAAAAGUUGAAACCUUCAUUCUUAGACCUGGUCAGGACACCUCAGAUCAGAAAAUACACAUUCAUUUUGAUGUACAGUUGGUUCACGAGCUCUGUCCUCUACCAGGGGCUCAUCAUGCACAUGGGAAUAGCUGCUGGGAACAUGUAUCUGGAUUUCCUUUAUUCUGCUCUCGUCGAGUUCCCAGCCGCCUUCAUCCUCCUGCUGACGCUGGAUCGAAUCGGCCGUCGCCACACCUGGGCUGCAGCCAGUGUGAUGACAGGGGCUGCUUGCCUCAUUGCAGCAUUCCUGCCAGACAGUCUUUAUUGGCUUAAAAUGACUGCAGCUUGCUUGGGCAGGAUGGGAAUUACCAUGUGCUAUGAAAUUAUAUGUGUGGCAAAUCCUGAGCUGUAUCCAACAUUUCUCAGGAACCUGGGAGUCCUCGUCUGCUCCUCCCUGUGUGACCUCGGUGGGAUCAUAACACCCUUCCUUGUGUACAGACUGGCAGACCUCUGGCAUGAACUGCCCCUGGUCAUCUUUGCUAUGAUUGUUCUAAUCAACAGUGGCUUAGUUUUGCUCCUACCUGAAAUGAAGGGAAAAGCUCUGCCAGAGACCAUUGAAGACGCUGAAAAUCUGCACAGGCAGGAGAGAAGUAAAGAAAAAACCAUUUAUCUCCACGUUCUGACUUCCGAAGUUGCCCCAAAGUAAGGGCUCAUUUUGCCCUGGAUCUGCCUUUGUUGGGGCAGGGAGGCAGAAGAGGGCCAGCAGAGCAGCCACAAGCCCGGACCUCAUCCCACAUCCAGAGGAUGAGCCAUCCCACUGUGAUGAUCUUUCCCUGUUGCACUCCCCCAGCUGCCAGCACUCUGACACUUGGGGACUUCUGGAGCCAGAAGCAUUUCUGCUUCACUCCCUCAUGGACCAUGUUGCAAAUUUGUUCUAUUUGCCUCCUGAACACUUUCAUGUCUCUGGUGUCUCAGGCCAUCUGGCAGCAGCACCUCAUAUGACAUGAGUGGGAAAUUCAUAAAGGAACACUUCCUUCUGCUUCUUAUAAAACUAAAAAUCUCUUUGGGCUGCUCACUCACAGCUCAUUUCUAUAGCAAGCAGGAGUGCAGUCAUGAGCCCAAUUCACUUCCUUCAAGCUGCACCUGACUCUGCACAAAAGUAACACAUAGGCAGUAUCUGAUUUACUGCCGCAAUUCCCUCUACAUCCCUUAAAAUCUUGGUGCUGUUGGUUGGUCUAUGGCUCCUGCUUCCCAGAUCAGCUCUGUGAUUCAGCUCCUGCCACCCAGGCAGCGAGCACUGCCACUGUAGAGACCACUGUGGGAGCCUGAGGCAUCCACAAGCUCCUUUUCCUUCUUAGUUUUGCUCUUCUUCUUCCAGAGAAAUAAGUACAAAAAAAUAAGCACUUCUAAGUCCAAGCUGACUUUUAAGAUUUGGUAUUCCAUAAUUUGACUGGAUAUUAGGCAAGCUGGAAAAUUAAAAGGAAGAAAAUGAGGAAUUGGAGGCAGUGAAGCCUCAGGAUGCGGUGGGCUGCGUACAACUGCAUCAGCAUUCGGGAUCAGUGACAGGGAAGGGGCAGGAAGCCCCACCACCGUCACCCCCUGGGACCAGCACAAACAGUAACAGGACACUGUGCCCCGCGUAUUAAAACAUAUUAAAGUUUGUGUUUAUGCAUGAA